CAGAUGGUUAAUUUCCCCUCAAUACGUCUGCUUAAAUGCACUGUUGGAUCUGCAUUUUGUUCAGUGCCGUUUUCACGUUUAUUAUCAAAUACAACUACUUAUCCGGAGUACGGAAUUACAAAUAUUCAAGAUGAUAGUGAUUUUGACAAACGUGUAUUAAAUAAUUCCGCACCGGUCAUUGUUGACUUUCAUGCUAAAUGGUGUGGACCUUGUAAAAUUUUAGGUCCAAGGUUGGAAAAUAUAAUGAAAUCGUAUAUGAAUUCUGUGCUACUCGCUAAAGUUGAUGUCGAUCAGUUAGAUACUGUUGCCGAAAAAUAUAAGGUAAAAUAGUUCUAACAUUUAGGCUAUUAUUUAUUUAAUUUUUUGUUGUUUAGCAUUUCAAUUAAUAUGAUACUGUGUAAAUUUUAGACGUCUGUAUCGUUUUCUAAUGAAUCAAAUGUCGGUUGUCUGAAGUAGCAUGAAAACAUGUGACGGUGACUUUAUUGGUUACUGUGUUCGACUUUCAAUCAUACUAGGUAAUAUGCUGGAAUUCCACUCCACCUACUUCAGUUUGGGCAGCCUGAUAAGAUCAUCAGCCUUCACAAUUAAUAGGUGGCUAAAAGCCCAGCAUAUGAAUCUGUACCUGAUUAAAGUUGUUCCAACUGUGAUUUCCAUCAAAAAUGGCAAAGAAAUUGAACGUUUUGAAGGAGCCAAAGAAGAGGAAUUCAUUAGACGUAAAAUAGAAUAUGUAUUAGCGCAUAAUGGUUAGACGCGACAAUUCAAUAUAAUAACGUCUGAAUUGAUAAUUUUCUUCAACUAAUCAACCAAUUAAUAGAUUUCCUAUUGUUCCCUUGUUAUUAAAUAUGUUAGGAUGUUUUAUGUGUGCAUCUCUUAAAAUGUAUGAUUGUUAUAUAUGAAACUGGUUGCAUUAAGUUUAAGUGUAACUAUACUUGAUCAUUAUUGUGUGCUUUUUGUUUCCUGUAAGUGAAUGAUAUCUUCAAACUAGUCAUAGUUUAAUGAAUGAAAAAUUAUUGAAAUAA